AAGUGUCAACUUCCUGUCUGUACGAGGCAGGAAUGCGCCCAGACGUGUCUGCCAGACGUGGACCGUUAGUCGGUCAGACGUGCGAUAUCUUCGUCUUGUAAGACAAGUUCAGUGGUGGAACAGGCGACUGUGUAUCAACAGACUUCCAGAAUUUGAUUCAGAUGCUGUUGAAAUGGCGACAACAGACAGUGUACGAGGUUUGGAUGAUGUCAGGAGAGGAGCAGCAGGGGGUUCUGCUGACAGUGUUCUCACCUGGCAAGGAGAAAGACGUGAGGAGUCUGGGGAGGGGUCAAGUAGAGAGAAAGUUUACAGGUGUGAGGAGUGCAGCAGGCAGUUCAGUAGGCUUGAUAAUCUGAUGACUCACUUGCGGACUCACACAGGUGAGAAACCUUAUAAGUGUCGGGAGUGCAGCAAGCAGUUUAGGCUACCAGCUGGCCUGAAAACUCACAUGCUAACUCACACUGGUCAGAAACCUUUCAGGUGUGAGGAGUGCAGCAAGCAGUUCACUACCCUGAGUAAUCUGAAGACACACAUGCUCACUCAUACAGGGGAGAAACUGUACAAGUGUGAGGAGUGCAGCAGGCAGUUUAGCAUGAAAGAUAGCUUAAAGACACACCUGCGGAUUCACUCGGGGGAGAAACCCUUUAAGUGUAAGGAGUGCAGCAGUCAGUUCAGGCAGCUUUUCGCAUUGAAGGUGCACAUGCGCACUCAUACAGGUGAGAAACGCUACAGAUGUGAGGAGUGCAGCAGACAGUUCAGUACCCUGAGUAAUCUUAAGAGUCACAAGCGGACUCAUACAGGUGAGAAGCCCUACAUGUGUGAGGAGUGUAGCAAGAAAUUUAGAGAGCGGGGAGAUCUUAAGAAGCACAUGCGGACUCACACAGGAGAGAAGCCCUACAGGUGUGAGGAGUGUAGCAGGCAGUUUACUUGGCUGGGGCAUCUUAAGAGUCACAUGCGGACUCACACAGGAGAGAAACCAUACAGAUGUGAGGAGUGCAGCAAGCAGUUUAGACGGCUGGGGCAUCUUAAGAGUCACAUGCGGACUCACACAGGGGAGAAACCCUACAGGUGUGAGGAGUGCAGCAGGCAGUUCACUGACCUACAUCAUCUGAAUAGACACCUUAGAACUCACACAGGGGAAAAGCCCUACAAGUGUGAGGAAUGCAGCAGGCAGUUCAGUCAGCAGGCUACUCUUAACACACACAUCAGAACUCACACAGGUGAUAAACCCUUCAGGUGUGAGGAGUGCAGCAAACAAUUCAGUCAGCUGGGUAAUCUUAAGAAGCACAUGCGUUCUCACACAGGGGAGAAACCCUACAGGUGUGAAGAGUGCAGCAGGCAGUUCAGUCUACUAGCCAAUCUUGAGAGUCACAUACGGACUCAUACGGGUGAGAAACCAUACAUGUGUGAGGAGUGUAGCAAGCAGUUUCGUCAUCCACAUCAACUGAAUGCUCACUUUAGAACUCAUACAGGGGACAAACCCUACAAGUGCAAGGAGUGCAGCAAGCAGUUCAGUCAGAUGGGUAAUCUUAAGAGCCACAUGCGGACUCACACAGGUGAGAAACCCUUCAAGUGUGAGGAGUGUAGCAGGCAGUUCAGUCAGCUGGGUCAUCUUAAGAGCCACAUGCGGACUCACACGGGUGAGAAACCCUAGCUGAGUAGAUGUGUGAAGCGAUCGGCAGCAGGCAGUUCAGUCAGCACAGUAGUAUGAGGAGUGUUGUAGCUGGUCCAGUCUGCUGACCAGUUUUAAGAUGUAGUCAGACCUACAAGGGAGAAACCCUUCGUGUGUUGAGCAGUUUAAUAUAAGAUGCAGUUUCAUGGUUCAUUUAUAUAAUAGAUGACGCAAAACAAAAGAACAUUAUAGAAUUGGUGCAGUAAUUAGUGCAGCCUUUCUGAACUAUACAUUGUGAAAUCAUACACUGAAAGCAUACAGAGUUGUAUACAUGUUUGGAGAUCUAUUAAAAAACCAAAGCACUACAUUGUAGUAACAGGUGGUUGUAACAUUCCUUAUAAUUGUUACAUGAUAAAUCCACAUAGUCAUAGAAUUUCAUCACGAAGACUUUUUUUAGUUAGACCAGUAUCUGCAUGUUCAGUUUUUGGUUUGUAGUUGGUAGGCGGAAACUGGAAAAGUUUUACUAUUUUUAUAACUUGCAUGCAAAGUUAAAAAUCCCAAAACGAUUACUAAUUGCUUUGUUGAGAGUUUGCUACAAUUAUGUAUUGUACUUACUAACGUUUUCACUUCUAUUGAUGUUGAACCAGUGUGAAUUUAUUGUCAUAUAUUGGUAGCUAAGGUUGGCCAUAGUUCUUCUCUAACAAAUGUAUUGUAGCCAUUUUCCUUAUUUUUGAUUUUACACUUAGCUUCAUAUGUUGUGCAACACCUAUUAUUCUGUGAAUAUUAUUGUUACUUUGGGUUAGCCAUACCUUGUUGAAAUGUCCAGUAAUUUGAUGAUGAUAUGACUUGAAGUGGCAUCUACCAGGUAAUACAUGUGGUUAUUCAAAGCAAGGUUAGGUGUGGUAUAGUUUUCUAGUUGACAUUUGUUUGGUGGUACGCCUGCAUGUAUUUUUUAAAUUAAGUGAAACAUAAUCAACAAAAUGAAAAGAUUUUUUUUUAAAUGUUUUGUUCAGUGAUGUAGUGAUGAUGUAGAACUUGUAGAGGUUAUCUUGUCAGGUAAAACAUCUAGUUAUUCAAAGUAAGCUCAGAAGUGUUACAGUUUCUAUGUAUUUGUUAAGUUUUGCAGUUAAUUUUGAAGAAAUCCACUGUUUAGUGGAUUAGUGAAAUAAAACAACUCCAAAAAGA